UUCAUUCAUUCAUUUACGUUUCGUAGGAAUAUAUUCUAUCGAAGUAUCCGAUUUGUGUUCUACUUUGCACAAAAGCUUCCGCAAAAAUUUUUAAUGAAUCGAACGUAGGAUGAAAGAAGAGAAGAGAGGAAGCUUAAAUUUGGGUCAUGGUCGUACGUACGUUCGCGAGUAGUUCGCGAGUACGUUUGUGCUUAUCGCCUAUUGCGUCUCUCUCUCUCUCUCUCUCCACCUCUCUCCACAUAUCUCUCUUCCUGUUAGUAAUUAUUAGAUACGAUCAUCGCGCGGGCGUGACUUAUACAUAAACUAUCGUGAAAAAAUGUUGCUAGCUCCAAGUAUUAAUAGAAAGGGAAUUUUGUUCUUUUUUUAUCUCAUUUAUAAAUACAGUGAAUACAAGUUCCUUUUACAGUGGUACGAAUAGAAAAUAACCUUUGGAAUGUUGAUUAGAUCGAUUUUUAGUAUCUUGGGAAUAGAAAAUGUUUGCGGUUGAAUAUGAUUGUGUACUUGUGUGAGUACUGAAAGGGUUAAUCAUGUUUCAAAAUGGAAAAAAGAAAGUCGAUUAAGUUGGAGAUGCUCGUUGUACUGGCGCAAGUAACAUAAGAGAGACACACACAGUCAGUCAGUCAGUCAGUCAGCCACAUAGCCAGACAGUGAGUGCUGCGCUAUUUUGAGGCCUUAGUCGUCUACCGGCUCGAUCUAACUUUACUUAAUCCCAACCUCAACCUUACGCGACUUUGCUCGAGUCUGCUUUCUCUUACUCUAUCUUUGUCUCGAUGAUAGCCAUUGUGGUAAACUCGUAUCUCUAAAGAGUAAUAACGUGUUAUAAAGAAAUACUUGUUGAAUUUUUGUCUAAACAUAUAGAGCAGCGUGUUGUAAAGCCCGCAUCUGUCAUUUUUCAUCCGUUCUAUAUCAAGGGUAACGUUGCAUAGAAAUUUCAAAGUCAGCUGAUUCAAUAAGUCGUCGUAUAGAAGCUCAGCGUUCAUGGGCAAUAUGGGCAAUAACAUAGAACACAACUGUAUGUGCGUGCACGCAGUUUCGUGGGAAGCCCGUUUCAAUUUACUACGACCGGGGGGGGGGGUUAUGCGCAUUGAUAGCGAUCGACCAUUAGCACACAAUUUCUCUCUCUUUCUCUUAUUGUUAUAUAGUGCAUUACGUAUCUCUGUGUAACGUCAAGUCAUUCCGCAUACAUAUGCACGCGUAUUCGUCGAUGCGUAGCAGCCGAGGCCGUCAGUAGCAAGCCAGCCAGCCGCCAACCAGUCAACCAACCAACCGACCAACCCAGCUACGGCCUUUCGCCACUUUUAUGAAUGGAUGCAGUUCGAGCAGCGAUACUUCAACAGACUGCCGAAUAUAUUUACCAAUUAGAGCAAGAAAAAACACAAUUGUUGUCACAAAAUUGUCAAUUGAAACGACUAGUAAAUCAACACGAAGGUGGCGAUUUACCUAUAAAGAAGCGUAAACCAGAUAAUCAAGGAGUUGUUGUAAGUUUACCGGUGCACGUAAGCGAGAGCGGCGACGAAGGAUUGGGCAGUAUGUCCCCGGAGCCUCUUUCCGUAAUUACUGUGACAACGGAGGGCCAUUCCGUUGUUAGCAGCAGCGAGGUCGUCGAGCUUAGACGACAGUUGGAGAGAGAACGUCACGCAAGACUGCAUUUGGAGAAGCAGAUGAGAGCCUUUCAGAUUCAACUGUAUCCGGAAAGAUUUCGAGAUAAUCAGAUGAUAGCGUAUCAACCUCACGAGGUAAUCGAACAUACGGACAACAUCAUGAAUCAAGAAACCGAAGAAGCUGUUGCAGCAUUGCAAGUGGUAUCGGUUAUGUCAUUACCAGCGGUGGGUUCGACUCAAACGGUAGAAACGUCGAGUCCCGAACCAAGCUCGCCUCCGUUGUCUCCUCAACCCACUGGUGAUUUGGUGGUACCAACGGAGGAACUGUUAAAAGAAGAGGAAUCCAGACCGAGCAGUCCGAAAAUCGUCGCUUUCGCUCAGAAUCCAGUGUUUGCGAGUUUGGAGGAACAAACUACUGCUGAUUCCUUUUCCUCGUCGAGUCGCGUUACUUAUGGCUCAUCUAAUGCUGAUUUUAAAAGUGCUUCGCCGCAAUAUAUCACGACCAGUCCGAGCAGACCUUUCUCGCCUCCCGCGGAACCACAACGAUUGCCAAGCGUACUCGAGGCUGCAAUGAAGGCAGAACCCAAAGUCGAAGUCGAAAGAUUACCGUCGCCGUCUUCUAACUCGUUGGACGAUGGCACACCACAAGCGAGGCUCUAUCUCGCAAAUACGUCCCGACAAAAUUUGGAAACGAUCGUCGAGGCAAUUCGCCAUCUCGAAGGUGACCAUCUUUUUAGAGACGAACCAUUGGCAUUGACGAACGAGCCAUUGGCAUUGACGACAAACAAGUCUACGAUUAACCAGUGUUCUUCUACGAACUCGACUUCGACAUCGAGUUUACAGUUAACAACAACAACAACAACGGGCAGCGAACAAAGUUCGACGAUACCUUUGGCAAAUCAAAAUUCGUCAAACUCAACGACGGCAAACUGUUCGACGUCGUACAGUAGUAAUACGUCGACGACGACUAGUAGUAGUAGUAGUAGUAGUAGUAGCACUACUACUACUACUGCUAACAGCACCACUACUGCUACUACUACUGUUACGACGACGACGAAACUUCAACACCACCAACAGCAACGACUUCUUCAUGCUAACGACGUUAACAACUUUCUUCAGUUCCAAGCUCAACAACAACAGGCCCAACAACGGCCCGGCGUUAUUGUCGUGAAACACUCGUGAUCCACCCUACUCGCGCGUUCUACCGUGCACUGAGUAGUUAAUCGCGACGCAAAUCUAUCCUCGAAAAAAGACCUUCUUCCUUUAUUUUCUCGCCUUUUAAUAAGGACUCGUGCUUCGUCACGAUUCAACUUUAUCAUUAUUAAUUAUUAUUAUUAUUAUUAUC